UCUCCUCUCAGAGAACCUGUCAGACCUGUCUCACUGUCACAUGACCCGCUGUGAUUGGACGCUGCUCUCCUAUUGGCCGCCAGCGUCAGUGAAACUGAAGGCAGCUGAGUUUCAGUCAGACACACACAGAAGACAGAUGGGACACGCUCAGAGCUCCACUUCUCCUCAGGUGAUCCUGAUGGGUUUGGACUCAGCUGGAAAGACGACUCUGUUGGCCCGACUGCUGACAGGACAGGUGAUGGAAACGUCUCCGACCAUCGGGUUCAACGUGGGAACUCUGAAUCUGGACAAGAAGACGUCUCUGACUGUUUGGGACGUCGGAGGACAGAAGAGCAUGAGAGACAACUGGAGGUACUACCUUGACGACUGCCAGGCUCUGGUGUUCGUGGUGGACAGCAGCGACCCGGCCCGGCUGCCCGAGGCCCAGAAGGUUCUGAAGAAAGUUCUGAGUGAGAAGAAGCUGGACGGAGUUCCUCUGAUGGUUCUGGCCAACAAGAAGGACCUGCCCAACGCCAUGACUAUCAGACAGAUCUCCACCCAGCUGGACCUGGUCCGGUACGUGGGGAGGUUUUGGGAGAUCCAGGCCUGCAGCGCUCUGAGCGGUCUGGGCCUCCAGCAGGCCUUCACCUCCGUCAACAAACUCAUCAGACGACGAUGACAACGUUACAUAUAACUAUAUAUAUAUAUAUGGUUAUAUAUAUAUAUAUAUUUAUAUA